CAAAUCUUACAGAACCCAUAUUCAUUUGAAAUGGAUAAUUUUCUAUAAUUUAAUUAUUUUUUAUACCAUGUACAUUAUUAUAAAUGAACAUUAUUUAAGUUUCUCAUUUUAAGCCAUGAGUGAACGUCCACAACCACUGAAAGCAGUGAAUAGAUUAUUUGAGGGUAAAGAACCAUGGCAGAUUGUCACCAUGACUGCUUCAUCCAUACUGGCUGUUCUUUGGGCUUCUAGUCUUUACAAUGCAAGAGAAACUCCAACUGCAAGACUUCGUAAGCAGUUCUUCCGAUGGCUGCGUCAAGUUCCGAUAGUGAAGCGAAAGAUUGAAGAGAAAAUGUCAGAGAUUCAAAGAGAUUUCCGGAAGGAUGUGGCAAAGAGAUUAGCAGGCACAACGAUUCGACGCGAGUUGCCUGAGAAAGGUCUCACAGCUGAACAGGUUGCUGAGGAAGUCAGAAAUCUUGUUAAUUUGGGUGCAUACGACUGGAAAAAUGGGAGCGUGUCGGGUGCUGUAUACCACUUGAAUGAGGAAAUAUCGCGAGUGGCGUGCGAUGCAUACGCUCUUACGGCAUACACUAAUCCACUCCAUUCGGAUGUAUUUCCCGGAAUUAACAAGAUGGAGUCUGAAAUCGUGCGCAUGGCGAUCAACCUCUUUCACGGUGACGAUGAAUGUUGUGGAACGGUGACAACAGGUGGUACAGAAUCCAUACUGAUGGCUUGCAAAGCUUUCCGAGACUUUGCUUACGACAAGGGUAUAAGCAAUCCCCAGAUAGUCGUUCCGUCAACUGUUCACUCUGCGUUUGAUAAAGCUGCUCAAUAUCUUGGUUUGUCAGUGAAGACUGUACCUGUAGAUCCUGAUACGAUGUGUGUCGACGUCGAUGCUGUUAGGAGAGCCAUUAGUAGCCGAACUUGUUUGAUUGUAGGUUCGGCUCCUAACUUCCCAUACGGUACUAUGGACGACAUUCAGGCAUUAUCUGAUCUAGCUUGCGAAUACGAAGUGCCUUUGCACGUGGACGCGUGCUUGGGUGGCUUCGUGGCCGCAUUCAUGCCGGAUGCGGGUCACCAUAUGCCUCCAUUCGAUUUCCGACUGCCCGGCGUGGCAAGCAUGUCUGCAGAUACCCACAAGUAUGGGUACGCUCCGAAGGGUACUUCGGUUGUACUAUAUCGGCAUGCAAAGUAUCGUCACUGCCAGUAUACUGUCACCACGGAGUGGCCGGGCGGCGUAUACGGUUCGCCCACAGUCAAUGGUAGUAGGGCGGGAGGUUUGAUAGCUGCCUGCUGGGCGACCAUGGUGUACGUCGGUAAAGAGAGAUAUGUUCAGAUGACCGACGAGAUUAUAACCACAGCGCGGUUCAUAGAGAACGAGUUGCGUAAAAUUAACGGCAUCUUUAUAUACGGCAAACCAGCUACUUCGGUGAUAGCUUUCGGGUCUAAACAGUUCGAUAUUUUCAAACUGGCGGAAGCCAUGCACGAGAAAGGAUGGAGCUUAAGUGCUCUACAGUUUCCAUCAGGGUUACAUAUUUCGGUAACGCACGCGCAUACACACCCGGGCGUGGCGACGCGACUGAUAGAUGAUAUCCGCGAUGCAGCUGCCCGAUGUAUGCUCGCCUCUAGCGAACCCUGCACAGGAAAGAUGGCGAUCUAUGGGGUAGCACAGGAGAUAUCGGAUAGAAGUUUAGUAUCAGAUAUAACAAAAUAUUUUAUCGAUUCAAUGUAUUAUCUACCGAAGCCGGGUGACGAAGAUCAGUAA